AUGGAAGCAAAUUUGCAUUAUAAUCAAGCAGAAAAACUCUUCAUGGCGAAACGAAGAGCUUUGAGAAUAUAUUUUAAGUCAUUAAAACUUUUAUUCAUCUUCAAGCUAUCUGCUAACGAAUGCAGAAUGCCUCAAAAACAUCAGUUAAAAGCAUUGCCUGUGAAAAUCAUCAUGUUCAGCAGUUACAUUGAACUUUAUGCCCUGAAAACUUUUAUGACUUCCCUUACUCAUUCAUCGGAAACAAGCAACUUUGCUUUUAAUUAA